CCAUUAAUGUCUUCAGGAGAAAACCACACAUUUUUUUUUAAUAGUUGCAAAAGAAUGAUGGUGUUCUUUGGCUACGGUAUACUUCUGUGCUUUACUUUCACUGAAUAUUUUGUUUCUGGGAGGAAUUUAGGGACACAUUUAUAUUCUGCAGAAGAACGUAACCUUUUCAGAGGUAGCAGAGCAAAAAGAGCAUUGGAUAUAGGCAGCUACUGUGAGAAACGUGGCUGUUGUCAGAACAGGAAUGAUGACUGCAGUGUCUGGUACUUCCAAAAAAAUUCAACAUGCUACUGUGAUAAAUUCUGUGAUCAGGAACCAGUAGGACAUGCAGAUUGUUGUCCAGACUUUUGGCUGGUUUGCAGUGACAUGAAUUUACAAAAUCCUCCAACACCAAACACUCCAUCUUUAGAAAAUGGAUGCACUGCUGAUGGAACCUACUAUGAAGAUAAAGCCAUUAUAAGGGAAAACUGCAAUUACUGUACCUGUCUUGGUGGUCAGUGGAAAUGCACUCAAUAUAUCUGUCUUGUUCAGACAGACCUAAUUGAAGAUAUCAAUGCAGGAGAUUUUGGAUGGAAGGCAGGGAACCAUAGUGAUUUUUGGGGCAUGACUUUAGACAAAGGAUUUGAAGAUCGACUUGGCACUUUCCCUCCAUCCCCUGCUUUACUAAGCAUGAAUGAAAUGGCUGGUCGAGUCUCAUUUGAUGAGGAAUUGCCAUUGUUUUUUAUUGCAUCAUAUAAAUGGCCACAGUACAUACAUGGACCAUUGGAUCAGAAGAAUUGUGCAGCAUCGUGGGCAUUUUCAACUGCAAGUGUUGCUGCGGACCGAAUAGCAAUUCACUCACAGGGACAUUUUACAUCCAACCUGUCUCCACAAAAUUUGAUUUCCUGUGACACUCACAAUCAUAAUGGAUGCCAUGGAGGAAACAUAGAUAGCGCUUGGUGGUUCCUGAGAAAACGUGGGCUGGUAUCACAUUCAUGUUACCCAUAUGUAAUGGAUAAGAAUGAUGCAUAUGUUCCUUGCAACAUGUCAAGCAUUUCUGACAAGCGUGGAAAAAGUCACCCAACAGCAAAAUGUCCUAAUCGGUUAGAAGAUUCAAAUUACAUCUAUCAGUGCAGCCCCCCUUACAGAGUACCUUCCAGUGAAAGGGAAAUAAUGAAGGAAAUUAUGGAAAAUGGCCCUGUGCAAGCGGUGAUGACAGUUCAUGAAGAUUUUUUCCUUUAUAAAACUGGGAUCUACAAACACACCGGUGCGGCACAAAAUAAAUCAGAAAGACAUCAAAAGAAUGGCACCCAUUCUGUCAAAAUUGUUGGGUGGGGUGCUACUGGUGGUACAGAUAGAAGACACAAAUUCUGGAUUGCAGCUAAUUCAUGGGGAAGAAAGUGGGGGGAGAAUGGAUAUUUCAGAAUACUGCGUGGAGAAAAUGAAUGUGGAAUUGAAGACCUGAUAAUAGCUGCUUGGGGCAGUGUAACACCGGCUGGUGAAUUUGAGUAAGAUACCUGGGCAAUA